AUGUCGGACCUCGCUGUUAUCACAGAAGACCAAAUAGUACCCCAUUCUGAAGCAAGCCCUUUACCGUUUAUUCCUAUAGAGAGGCAACGUAUCGGAUGGGGAGGCUACAGUACAGUCUAUAAGGAGAUUAUCGUAUCUCGCCACUUUGCAUAUCAUCAGGACCAGGGAGGCUCUAUACUCUUGAACGAAAAUCCUUUACCUGUGGCUCGUAAGCGAUUCCCUUAUUAUCCGGACUUUGAGAGAGAAUAUGCUAUCCUCAGGUACUUGAAGUCAGCACGAAAACCUCAUGAGCGAGUGGUCAAACAUCUCGCUGGUGUUAUUCUUAACCACGAAAACUUGCCAAAAGUCGAACACAGUCUUCUAUUUCCUUUGGCGGAUAUGCAUCUCGAACAAUUCAUGUCAGGGGGGAAUUUGACCAAACUUGACUUUAACGCUCUACUAGGUGAACUUUUUAACCUAGCAGAUGCAUUGGAUUACCUACAUAGAGGAAUACAAACCUCAGAAGGAGAACAAUUGGUUUGUUGGCAUAUGGAUCUUGCACCGACUAAUAUUCUUAUAUUCAACUACAAUCAUGGAAAUUGCCAUUAUCCUGCUGGAAUCUGGAAAAUUGCAGAUUUCAGUUCUUCGAAUUUGAUAGCAGAGAAUAGGCGAUCCUUGCUGCCGCCUCCUAAGUUGUCAGCAGGGGCUUAUGUUGCUCCUGAAAUCCAUCACAAGAUUGAAACCUUAAUUGAAAAAUCUUGUGAUAUUUGGUCAUUUGGUUGUAUUCUUUUCGAUGUUCUUCUGGGCCAUUUCUUUGGCGGUGAAAAUGGACUGGCCAUUUCAAAAUAUUACUUCGAAGAAAAUGAAGAUAUCAGUCACAUUGCUUAUGAUGUUUCAAAACAUCUGAACAAGACUGAUUCCGAUACCCAGAAUGUCAUACUAUGUAAAAACCUUGUGUCUGCUGUUCUGAAAACCAAUCCAACCGAGCGACCAACAGCGGAAUUCAUAAAAAACAGACUGGCAUCGAUGAUUACCAAAUCAGCACCAACAUAA